AGCUUGCUGUCAGAGCUGGUCUAGGCAGUGAUUGCGAAGCAGUUCUCCCAGAUAACACCAUGAAGACCAUCAUUGCUGCCUAUUCUGGAGUGCUGAGGGGGACCGGCUCCAGUGUCCUGUCUGCAGUACGGGACUUUCCCUCUUUAUCGUGGCUCAACAAAUCUAAGGUUGAAAGACACCUCCAGAUCAUCUCAGUGUUACAAUGGGUCCUCAGCUUCCUUGCAAUGGGUGUUGCCUGUACAAUAAUCCUUGCAUAUGUCUUCUGUACGGACUGCUGGCUGAUCGCAGCUUUGUACCUGGCAUGGCUGGUGAUUGAUUGGCAGACCCCCAAUAAAGGUGGGAGGCGAUCGACUUGGGUUCGUAACUGGGCCGUCUGGCGGUACUUCCGAGACUACUUUCCAAUAAGGCUGGUUAAAACUCACAACCUGCUCCCUAGCAGGAACUAUAUAUUUGGAUAUCACCCGCAUGGCAUAAUGGGCCUGGGAGCAUUUUGUAACUUUGGCACGGAAGCCACUGGCGUCUCCAAAAAAUUCCCUGGAAUAAAACCUUAUCUUGCAACGCUAGCCGGGAACUUUCGGCUGCCAGUUCUGAGGGACUACUUAAUGUCAGGAGGGAUAUGUCCAGUGAGCAGAGAUACCAUUGACUAUAUUCUCUCUAAAAACGGCACGGGGAAUGCCGUCGUUAUCGUUGUCGGAGGAGCUGCUGAAUCCCUUAACUGUGUGCCAGGGAAAAACGCUGUCACUCUAAAACAGAGGAAAGGCUUUGUCAAGAUUGCUUUGCAACAUGGAGCUGAUCUUGUUCCCGUUUAUUCAUUUGGUGAAAAUGAAGCCUAUAAGCAGAUGGUGUUUGAAGAAGGCUCCUGGGGACGAUGGAUACAGAAGAAGUUUCAGAAGCAUGUGGGAUUUGCUCCAUGUGUCUUCCAUGGAUGUGGAUUCUUCUCAGAGGACAGCUGGGGUCUGGUGCCUUACGCAAAGCCGAUUACGACUAUCGUGGGUGAGCCAAUCACAGUUCCAAAGACAGACAAUCCGACCCAGAAAGAUGUGGACUUCUAUCACACCAUAUACCUCAACUCCCUCCAGAAGCUGUUUGACAAGUGGAAGACCAAGUUCGGCCUUUCUGAGACUGAUGUGCUGGAAAUUAACUGAUGGGCUCCAAGUAGACUAUCUCUCUAUUUUUGUCAGAAUGUAUUAGUGGAUACACUUUACGGUGUUCUUGGUUGUUGGAGCCUGUUGAUGUAGCAUUCCCAUUUCAGACACUCUGCCUCCAUAACAGAACCUUAGUGUUUUCUUAAGCCUUACGGCUUCCAAUGCAGAUCCUUGUUAGACGUACUGAUUGUAUCAUGGUUCUCGUGUCUGGAUUUCACUUUAUGCAUCGUGAAUGUAUUCUAAACUCCUGAGCUGCUAUUGCAAGUUAAUCUGUACCAAAUCUAAAUUCCACUUGGUAGCUGCAAGGAAUUCAGAGGG